AUGACUGAAAAAAGUAUAUCCGAGGGUUUAGCGAAGUCCAAGGAUGUCGGGAAGGAUGCGCGCGCAAAGGAGUCGCAAGCAGCUGCAGUCAAGUCCGAAACCUGCUCAGGCAGUCACUCCAGUCCCAAGAAGCGCCGCAAGGUGAAUCACGGUAAGUUACCGUCGUCUGCGCGGCAUGCGACAGGGAUUCCUGGAUCCGCACUACUUGCGUCUAUUGUCGCCGCUCGGGAACCCACAAAACGUACUCGAAGCGACCAGGAGCACUCGGCAGCCGACGAGGAAGGCUCGUCAAACAAUGAGUUGAUGAAUGCCCAAGGUAUGCCUCAGAGUGUCGAUGUCUCGGAUGCUGCUGGACAGCAAAUCAUCCCCGACAGCGCGAUCGGAAUCCCGUCUACCUCGGCACAGCCAGUAGAUAUUCCUACGUCUGCAGGCCUUGAUACCAAUAACCAACAGCUAAUGGGAUACAAUGAUUGGAUAGGUGGUCAAAAUCAGUUUCAAGACAUGCAAUCCCUCCAUCCAUCGUAUAUGUUUAAUGCACCCGAGGUCACGAAUGAAUACAAUCUACUGGGAGAUUUUCUGAGCAACAGUCUGUUAGAUGACGGAGCAAUCUUCCAAAAUCAAGACAUGCAGGGAAUUUACUCAGAAUCAUCGUUGGUGAAUUCAAUGGGCUCCAUGGCAAAUGGGCUCCCACCACCGGCACAGCUUUCACCACUGGCACAAAGCCAUACGCAAGGAGACUCCAUUCAACGAUCAAAUCCUGCAGUUGGCAAUGACAAGGCACGUGAAACUUAUUAUAUGACUGCCGCCGACCCGUCAGGAUCAGACCCUCCGGAGGAACGCAUGAACAAACUUCUCAAAGCAAAGUAUGAUGCGGGACUUUUGAAACCCUUCAACUAUGUCAAGGGCUACGCUAGACUUAACCAAUACAUGGAAAAGAAUAUGCAGCCGGCGUCCCGGCAGAAGAUUCUGCGACAGCUAGACAAGUUCAGACCUAAGUUCCGGGAGCGUAUGCAGAGUCUGACCGAUAUCGAACUUAUUUUGGUGGAGAUGUGGUUUGAACGAAGCCUCAUGGAGUACGAUCGUGUUUUUGCCAGUAUGGCCAUUCCUGCCUGCUGCUGGCGCCGUACAGGCGAGAUCUUCCGUGGUAACAAUGAGAUGGCCCAGCUGAUUGACGUUCCCAUUGAAAGCCUUCGAGAUGGUAAAAUUGCCAUCCAUGAAAUCAUUGUCGAAGAUCAACUGGUCAGCUAUUGGGAAAAGUUUGGCGCCAUUGCCUUUGAUAACUCCCAGAAAGCUAUGCUCACUAGCUGUACAUUGAAGAGCCCUAAUGGGUCAGCUUUGGCUCGUAAGUUACAAGCCUUUAUCUUCAUUGAUGUCCCGAAUACUCUUCUCAAUAACGAUGUCGCUGCCUCUCUCGACCAGCAACUCGAGAACUUCCCUUUCAUGACAACAAUCGUUCAUUCAUCUCUCUCCGAGCUUUAUAAGACAGGGACUGGAUUGUGGAAUGCCUGUGUUCAGGUCAUGGACAUACGUGUUAGCAGAGAGAACCAGGUUCUUCUCAGCAAAGAUGUCUCACAAAUGGAUCUUACACUCAAGAUUCUAGAAUUGGCAGCACAGCGACUCGAAUGCCUACGAGCCUUGAAAUAUUCCUUAUCCCAAACUCGGUUGUCUUCUCUCAUUGCCGAGUAUUAUGUGCUCCGGACUCAUCUGGCUUGGCUUCAAAAGCGACAAGAUAUCGCGGAUCACUUCUUCUCUCACGUGCCGGCAGCAAAAUUUAUAACCAAUCAAGCAGUUGUUAUCGGCGUCUGCUACGAUAUUGGCUGUAAUGCUCUUUCAAUUUCUCGGAAAGACCUUGCGAUAGAGUGGCUUGAACGAGCGGAGAAUUACCUUCAACCUUUAAAGGAUAAUCAGCCUGAUCAGGCUGGAAAGGAAAGCUUUGACUUACUUGUUCGACAUGCACUGGUCCGGGCAUAUUUGGAAUUUGACAACCCGUUGUCAAAUGAGAAAGUCGAAGCACAUCUUACUGCACUCAAAAUGAGAUAUGCGAAUGAGGCUGCUGUUUUAUUUCUUGAACUUCAAAUUCUUCGUUCCGGGGCAGAACGCAGUAGAACUGCAUUCUUUGAGACUCUGGAUCAUAUCAUCGACCACUUGGAGCUCACAGAGAACAUUUUGAGCCUGAUAAUUGACUACAUAAAGUUCUCCAAGUGUCUUAGCGAGAAUCGUGCUCUAGAAGCGUUCCACAAGUUGCUAAUGCAUCUCCCACUCAACAGAGAAGAGUGGAUUGAAACAAGCUUUUCAAAGUUUGUCUCAAUGGCUGUGGACUGUCACCUCCCAGACGAAGUCUCAAUCGCCAUCAUCGAAGAAGUCUCCAAAGAAAUGAGCGCACGCAGGGUUGAGCAAUUGAGCAGUACGACAACUCAAGCAGUUUUGGCUAUAAUUUGGAAACAAAUCGUCGGAGAGUUUAACAAGAGCAAUUUCCUUGCCGCAGAGAAAUGGUGCUAUCUUGCACUUUCGGAGUUCUUUGGAAGCUGUUCAGAUUCUAACAAGCUGAAAGUCCAGAAGAAGCUGGUGAUUUGUGCUUUGGCAAGCUCCAACACAGCCUCUUCUCGACACGUGUUGACAGAAAUGACAAUUCUUCAGGAUAACGAUAUUGUGAAUCACACAAAUACUGACAAAGAAACUCUUUACUUGACCUGCAGACUUUUGCUCCAGGAAGGCCGCGUGACUGAAUUACUCGAAGCUUUUUUUCGGCACAAUACUCCUUUCGUACAUCCAGAUAUCAAGAAGUGUAUCCAGCUAGUCUGCUUGGAAGCUCAGCGCCUGGAAAAUAUAGAACCAAUUUUCGGGUUUUUUGAAGGAAUUCUUGACCAAGCUUUCUCCGAUGGAACACAAUGGCCUCCUGUGCCUGACAGCAUGGAUAACAUUAUGUGUGUCCACCCAUCUGAAGUUUCAGGAAAAGUCCCCGGAUUGAUCUUGACAGACAGACUCGCGAUAUACAUACUUUCCGAUGAGGUCGAGAAAGGCAAUCGGAGUCAGCGAUCUCUGCGAAUGCUAGCAGAAUUAUUCAAGUCAGCUUCGACGGAGAAUGAUCGAGAUGCUACAGAACUGGAAUGGCUUUGUCGAAAGUGUUAUGACCUAACCUAUCAUUUUCUCGAAAGCCUCAUACCCUCUAGCGAACUUAUCGAAACUUUGGAGCAGAUUUUGUUACAAUACCAUGACUGUUCAGAAUCCAACAAGUUCUUUGGCCGUCAGCUUGACUAUCUCGUUCCAUAUCUUAAGCUAGCUCAGCUUGUCAGCGACACCCAUGUUGAAGAGGACUUUGGUCGUACUGCAGUUUUUUAUUCUCUCACAAAGCGCAUUCGAAAUAGCCUAUCCAGUAUGACACUGACAGAUCGCGAAGAAAAUAUAAAGAGCACAAUUUGUGUGCUCGAGUUCAAACAAUCAAUUCUCGAAAAGGAUUGGAAUUCGUUCAUACAGAUCAUUCACGAUGUCACAAACUACUCACCUGACUUUGAUUCACGCUACAUGGAAUUCAUCCUUGCCAUGAAAAUGCCAAAAAGGAAUCGGGUUGACGCGAUCAGGGUUAUCAUUUACAAAAUCUACAACAGGGGAGUCGCAGCAGUCAGCCCCUCUCUCCAACGCGCAUUUCCGCGUUAUUUGCGAGUCCUAUUCAGAAUAUGCAUGUCUGCAACGAAACAUGACGAUCUGGAUAAUCCACAAACCCGAGGCCACGAAGGAAAAGGUACAUAUCUCAACAUUGCCGAGUCUAUACUUUGCCAAGCAAUAGAUGCCGCUUCUGAUGAUGCUUACAUCAAAGCUGACCAACGUACUGAGAUAAAUUCGCUCGCUAAUUCGAAAGACGGGGUAUCGGAAUCCCAUUGUGAGCAUCCAGGCUACCCAAAGGAUGAGCUUGCAUGCCUUGCUACUAUGGCCUUCAAUCAGGCUAUGGAUUUCUACUCGGAGGAGAGAGAUGAAGAAUGUGAGCGUUGGGGUCAAAAGGCCAUUAUGUUGGCAGAGUUGAUGGGUGAUGCAGGUUUGGGGUGUGAACUUUGGAACCUGAGGGGUCUAUUUGCCCUGUAG